AUGCCUCGCACGCCGCGCAUCACGCCUCGCAUCACGCCUCGCAUCCCGCCUUGCACACCUCGCAUGUCUCGUAUCACGCCUCCCACACCUCGCAUGUCUCGUAUCACGCCUCGCACACCUCGCAUGUCUCGUAUCACGCCUCGCACACCUCGCAUGCCUUGCAUCACGCCUCGCACGCCUCACACGCCUCGCAUCACGCCACGCACACCUCGCAUGCCUCGCACCACGCCUCGCACACCUCGCAUGUCUCGCAUCACGCCUCGCACACCUCGCAUGUCUCGCAGCACGCCUCGCAUGCCUUGCAUUACGCCUCGCACGCCUCACACGUCUCGCAUCACGCCUCGCACCUCUCACACCUCUCACACCUCGCAGCCCACCACGCAUACCUCGCAUGCUUCGCAUCACGCCUUGCACCACGCCUCGCGUGCUUCGCAUCACGCCUUGCACCACGCCUCGCGUGCCUCGCACGCCUUGCACCAUUCCUCGCAUGCCUCGAAUACGCCUAGCAUACCUCGAACAACGCCUCGCACGCCUCGCACACCUCGCAUAGGGAAUCCUAUAUAA